AUGUCUGCCGUAAUAAACCAACGGUCUGAUGCACCAGGGAGCAGUAUUGGAAGUGAAGCGAAGCCAGGUUGGAAAAGGAAGUUAUGAAGAUUUUAUCGAUAUUUUUUCAGUGCUUCUCCACAAAAUCACGGGACACAUUGCGCGGAUCAACGAUGUCGUUUUACUUUCGAAAGAUGACGGGGUUUGGACGGCCAGUGACGAUCGUUCCAUCCGACUUUACUUGAAAAGGGACAAUGAUCAGUUUUGGCCUUCGAUUCACCACACAAUGCCGGUCGCGCCAACGUGCAUCUUCUACAGCGAAGAAACCUAUAGGUUUGAUUCGUUAUUUCCUGCAAAAAUCUUUGAAAAUAUUUGAUUCAGACUCUUGGUGGGUUUGAUAAACGGCCACGUCUACGAGUAUUCAGUGGCGGACGAUUUCAACAGUAUGUCGGAGCGGAGAAGAUGGACGAUCCACGCAGGACCCAUUUCCGGGCUUUCUUUGGCCCUCGCCUCCGAGCUCAUCUUCAGUUGCUCCAAGGACAAAUCCGUAUUUUGGCACUGCUCCGAGACUGCUGCUAAACAAGGUGUGGGGAAGUGAAUAUGUGAAAAUAUCGUCGAAAAUUAUUCUUCUAUUAAAAUUGCAUCAAAAAAUUUAGAAAUCAGUUAAGAUGCAGGAAAUAAAGGCUUCGAGGCAAAAUAGCUUUUUUCAGCUUUGGGAACAUGAAAUUUUUAAAUGAUAGUCUAUUUGAGAAAGGAGUUCCAGAUACAUUUUUUAAAUUUUAUGAGCUUUUAUAUUACAUCCCGACUGCUUUUUCCCUCUUUUUUUAAAGUCAUUCUAAGCCCGUGAGCUCGUUAAAAUGGUUGGAUUAUCAAAAUUUGUUCAUGUUAGGAGGUUAUCACUGCGACAACAGCUGCACGGCGAUGAUCAUCGAUCUACCGUUUGCUUUUGUCGGCGAUUACGGUGGAAAUGUGAUCGUUUUACGGCUCUCCGGGAACAAUGCGACGCUCGUGAGCAAGCUCAGUGCUCAUACAGGUUUUCUUUUAAUUUCUCAUAUAUUUUAUUCAUUUUGUUUCUUGAUCUGCUCGUAAUCUUAAAAAAAACAAUUUUUUCUUUGAAUAUUGACUUCACCUUCAUAUUCGAGCUUGUCCACCAGCAGCUCCUGUUAGCCUUUAAUUUUUUCUUUUCUUUUUUUUUCAGUUUUAACCUUGCGUAGAUAUCGAUUUCAUAGACGAUCAACAUUUAGGUAUAGAAAUAAGCUUUUCGGUUUUUUUUUAAAGCAUAAUUUUUAUAUAAUGGUUUUACGACUGGUUUGGGCCAUCGGAAAAUUGCUCCUGUCACAAUAAAAAAAAAGGUGGAGAUCGUAGAUAGGCCACUCCUCUUUUCAUCCCAACCUAGUCGUGAAUCGACUAUAAUCAAUUUUUGAAACUUUUCUGAUAACACAAUGUACCAAAAACUAAAGCUUUCAACGUGACAUUGAGGAAAAAAUUCCUACUUCUUUGCCAAUUCAUGUGAAGUUUUUCCUAAAUUUUUUUGUCAAAUUCAUUGAAUGGUUCAGGCCGAAGCUUUUGGAUGAUGUUUUUUUUACUUUUGAUAUUGCGUUCAAAGUAAUUUUGAAGAUUUCAACAUUGACGGGUUUUUCGUUUUCAAUGGUUUCGCGAAAUUGGAUUUUAUGAACCGUUAGGAAAGCCCUACAACGGUAUGACGCGCUAGAGGUACUGUUUUUGGAUUCAAACUUUUGGUUCCUAAACGCUUUUAAAAUUUGAGGUUUCGCGCGUAUGAGUCGCACGCUAUUUUUCUAGUAGCUCACGAAAUUCUUAUUGAGAAAUCAUUUUCAACGGAAACACGGAAUGAUGACGGAAAAAAAUUCAGUGGCCACUAUAGAGGCUCGCCAAGAGCUACUUGGAGAGGAAACUAAAGUGGCCACUAAACCCAACUCUAUAGUGGCCACUAUUCCCCGUUUUAGUGGCCACUAUAGAGGUUCUCUAUUUAGUGGCCACUUCAGUAGUUUUUCAUCCAGUUUUCUUUCCAGUAACUCUGAUAAUUUUAAAACAAACAGAUUGGACCAGUUAUGUUGAUUCAUUGACUCCUAAAGUGGCUACUAAAAUUUUUUGUGGUCUAGUAGUAGAACUUAGAUCUCUACAGUGGCCACUAGUUUUUAACCCCUUAAGUGGCCACUAAUUUGAUUCCUAUAGUGGCCACUAAAACGUCAAAACCCUAAAGCGGCCACUAAAUAUUCUCCCAGGAUGAUGAUCAUUUGCAGCCCCUGUCGCUUCUCUGGCUUGGGACCGUGUGAAGGAAGUUUUGUACUCGGGAAGCCAUGAUAAUCUCGUGAUUAUGUGGGAUAUCGGCGGCGCCAGAGGCGAGGCUUAUGAGCUCAAGUUCGUUUUUUUUCCACCAAAAAUAAGGACAUAAGAAUUUAUAGUGGCCAUGAAACAAAAGUGACGCGACUUUGCGCGGCUCCCGGAUCGAAAAGAUUAUUUUCGGCUGAUGAUUCUGGACGGCUCCUGUGCUGGGAUAUGGCUAGUAGAAGGUUCUUUUCCAAUUGGAUCCAAACGCCAAAUUGGUUCCUAUAAGGGUUUUUGAAGGUUCUUCUCUAGGGGCCCAUUUUCCUCCCUCUACAGGGGACACAAAAGCUUGAAAAAGUCACAUAAAUUUUGCCUUUUUUGUCCCCUAGUGCAGCUUUUUUCCCCUUACCCCUAUAGGGACCAAUCUAGCGUUUCUGAGGAUUGCAAAGAAAGGUUUUCCAAGGUUCAAUUGAUACAAAAUGGUAUUGUGGAAACUUUUUUUUGUGAUUCGAAGAAAGUUUUCAAACUUAUUUUGAAGGAAAGGAAAAUAAACAAAUCUAAAAUGAUAAAAGAUGAGAGAGAAACUAAUUAAUUUUCAUUGACUUUUUGCAGGGGCUAGAAGGAGGUGAUCAAGAAGAGUGAAAAGCUCAAGAAAAUCAAGAAAAGCUAGAAGAGUGAUCAACUUUCAGCAUUUUAGAUAUAAAAAGUUUCUUUUUUUAACCAUUUUCGUCCUUUCUCACAAUAGAUCAAGUUCAAGUACCCCUUUGGAUUCAGAAUACUCUCAUUGAAGCUUCAAAGUUAUUUUUCAUUCUCGGGCAAAAUCGGAAGUGUAGAUAAUGGCUGCUAAAAGGAAGAGGCUCAAAAAAGGCCGCAGAAAGGCAGCAAAGUGGCUCCCUUUAUCGAGUCUUCCAUUUUUCUGGCAAUUUAAAGGCUCAAGAAGUAGUGCAAAAAAGAGAAGACAGAAAAAAUAGUGCAUAAGAGCCGAUGAAAUGGCGCAAAAAGGCAGCAAAAAAGGAGCCUUUGUCAUUCUAAAAGGAGAAUUCCUAUUGAGCCUUUUUCCACCCUUUCCGACUUUGCCUAUGUCUGGAUUUAUAUACUUUCAUUGAAGCUUCAAAGUUCAUAUAAAAUAAAAACAUGGGAAUUUUAGAAAAGAAACGCCGGCCUGGAGGACGUCGGACGCUUGCGAAUUGUGUAGCUCGCCGUUUUUCUGGAAUCUGACGGCCAUGUGGCAGAGAAAAGUUAGUUAUUCAGUUUCAAUAUACCUUUAGUUAUCCCUUUUUAGCUCCUGGUUGAACUUUUGAAAAAUUUAGCCUAAAUGUACUUUUGACCUUCUGGUUUAAAAUAAUUAUCCUCCUUGGGCUUUAAAAAAAUUUAUGACGCUUCAAAAGCUCGAAAAAAAAGAGCGAUUAGUUAUCGGUUUCUGAAGAAACUCAAAAUCUGAAAAAAAAAAAUUGAAUAAUCCAUGGGGGCCCGUUUUUUUGUUUACAGUAUAUUUCCAGGUCGUAGGACUCCGACAGCACCACUGCCGUACUUGUGGAGCCGCCGUCUGCGGAAAUUGCUGCAAUAAUUGGACGACCUACCCGCCGAUGGGAUACGAACUGAAAGUCCGAAUCUGCAAGACAUGCCACGAGAAAAUGCAGGACACUCCCCAGAACUUUGAGUUCGUUUUGGUUUUUCGCAGUAUUCGAAAAUUACCGUUUCGCAACAAGAUUUGCAUAGAGGACUUUUGCAAAAAAAAAAAAGGAUGGAAGAAUUUUUCCUUUCCUUGAAGAAAUGGCAUUGAUUUGCUCUUCAGAAGUCAAAAUUAGCUCUUAUUUCUGCAGGACUUAUUCUUUGAAUUUAAAAAUUUUCAUGAGAGAGAAAAAUUAAAGAUUCAUAUUUUUUUGAAAAAGAUUGGCCCUUAAAAAUUCGAAAUAAUCCAAUUCAAGUGAUUUUGAGAACAUUUGAACUUUAUCAGUACUCCUAAGUAUGCUCUAGAGAUCACUUGUUCGUCUUUUUAAAUAUAUUAUCAUUAUUAAAAAGAAAAAAGCUCGAUGAAAUGAAAAUUUUUCAGUUUGACGCCGCUGGCCGUGACCCACGAACUUCGAACCGGCGUCACCGGAAUGUACAUACAAGAAACCCUCGGCCGAAUCGUCACCAGCGGAAAAAAUCUGAUGGUGAUGAUCUGGGACGUCCGAAGCCUACUCUAA